GUGUGGUGGAUGAAUUUGAUUUCUACUUUAAUUAAACGAUUUUGUGUGAAGACAUUUAUUUUAUGAGACGGAGUUGUUGUUUGAGGUUUCGGUAAAGAUAUCUGGCCGCCAUGUCAAACGGGACAUUGGGCCGAGGCGGCAAGAAUCGCGCGUCAAGCGCAGAAGCGAAGAAUAAGACGAGAUUGGGAACUUUGGCGCCUGGAGAAAACAUCAAAGAGAAGCAGCAAAAGUUGAAAGAGGAGCGUGAGGCAAAGAGGGCCCAGCUCGAUGACCGCCAUUACUACAUGCUCCAGAGUGUGGCUGACAGUCUCGGCUUGGAGAGGUCGGAGGUUGAGGAUGCCAUCUUGGAAGGCAAUCAGAUUGAAAUCAUGGAUGGUUUCCUGGGUGUGGAUGGAAUCAAGCGCUUGAUGUUCUAUUAUCAGGAGCCUGAGAGUGAGAGGGAACAAGUGGACUAUAUCCGAGUGGGGCCACCUGGCGUAAAGACGACUCGAUCGACAAAGCCUAAAGUGUUUGUGACUGACGGCUCCACCCCUCUACGUGGCGUUUGUCUGGUUUUCACCAAGGUGCCGACUGGAAACCCCGUCACAGAACAGAACAUAUCUAAGGACGUGAGCUUCACGAAGCUGGACACGAGCGGGACUGACCAGAACGGUCGCGGUCUGCUGCAUGCGGUGGAGAGCCUGCUGUCGACGAUCUUCAUCCCAGCGCUAAAGAAGCUGGAGAACGGGUGGGGCCAGCUCAACAACCAGGACAAUGCGGCCGUGCGCUCCGAGUUCCUUAACUCUCUCGACUCCUUCGUCUCCGUCCUUGUCGGAGCCCAGGAGAGUCUGGAGAACAAGGUGACGUUGAAGCCGUGUAAGGGCUACAACCUGAGUAAGGUGAACAGCCCCGCUGACUACCAGGCUGUCGCCAACAGCUCUGAGUCGCUGGAGGCCAUCGAGGAGUGCAUGCACGUGUGGAUCAAACAGAUAGAACAGGUUCUUGCUGAGAGUGAACAGAUGCGGCGUGAAGCGGAUGACAUCGGUCCGAGAGCGGAACUUGACCACUGGAAGAAACGCAUGUCUCGUUUCAACUACCUGCUUGACCAGAUCAAGAGUAACGAGGUCAAGGCCGUUCUGGGAAUCUUGCACGCUGCCAAGUCGAAACUCAUCAAGAUCUGGCAGGAGCUUGAUCGUCGAAUCACGGACACGGCGAAUGAGGCGAAGGACAACGUCAAGUUUCUCUACACGCUCGAGAAGUUCUGUGACCCGCUCUACAACAGCGACCCGGUGGGGAUGUUGGAGGGGAUUCCUGGCCUGAUCAACGCGAUCCGGAUGAUUCACAGUAUCUCUCGCUACUACAACACAUCCGAACGCAUGACAUCUCUCUUUGUCAAGAUCACGAACCAGAUGAUCACAGCGUGUAAGGCGUACAUCACUGACGACCGCUCGGAGACGAUGUGGUCCCAGUCCCAGGACUUUGUGCUGCGUAAACUGCACGACUGUAUCCGGCUCAACGAGGACUACCAGCGACACUUCCACAAGACGAAGCAGAAACUCGAGUCCAUGCCCAACGAGCGGCCGUUCGACUUCUCAGAGAUGUACAUCUUUGGAAAGUUCGACACGUUCACGCGCCGGCUGAAGAAAAUCAUUGAGAUGAUGGAAACGAUGGAGUCGUAUUCCCACCUGGCUGACUCCAAGAUAGAAGGUCUGGAGGUGAUGGCCAACAAGUUCAGUGUGAUCCAGACGUCGAUGAAGAAGAAACCCUACGACUAUCUUGACCAGCGCAAGAUGGAGGUCGACCAGGACUUCGACGAGUUCAAACGCCAGAUACAGGAUCUUCAUAUGAACAUCUGCAACUUCAUGGACUCUCAGUUUGAGAAGAUUUCCAGCACGACGCGGGCUCUCCAGCUGUUGCGCAAGUUUGAGUACCUCAACAUCCCCAACCUCGGCAUCCCCGAGAAGUACCAGCGCAUCCUCAGUCACUACGGCCGCGACAUCGACAUGGUGUCCCGCAUCUACCAGAAGAACAAGAGUGACCCCCCCGUUGCGCGCGACCUGCCACCCAUUGCAGGUAAGAUCUCGUGGGCCCGCCAGCUGUUCCGCCGUAUCCAGGAGCCGAUGGAGGUGUUCCAGCAACAUCCGACCAUCCUACAGGGCAACGAGGCGAAGAGGAUCAUCAAGAACUUCAACAAACUGGCCAAGGUGUUGCUCGAGUUCGAGCUCCUCUACCACAGGGGCUGGAUUAGACAGGUGGAGGCUGCCAAGUCAGGCCUCCAGGCCUCCCUGCUGGUGAAGCACCCCGAGACCAAGGAGCUGUUCGUGAACUUUGACCCCUUGCUCAUGACGAUGAUCAGGGAAACGGAAUGUAUGACCCGCCUUGGCCUUGACAUUCCACCAGUGGCGAAACUAAUGAGGGCGAGACAAACGGAAUACAAGGACACCUAUAACUCACUGCAGAUGAUGCUUGACGAGAACAAGCGAGUGCGUGCAAAGAUCCCCGCUGCGUUUGAGCUGCUGAUGGGUCUGCACGUGGCGAAGGUUGAUGAUGUUAUUGAGCCGGGCAUCACGACGCUGUCAUGGUCGUCGAUCAACAUCAAGGAGUACACGGCUGACGUGCACGUGGCCAUCGCGGAACUCGAGCUGCUGAUGAACCGCGCCCACGACGUCACUGAGUUCCGCAUUGACUCAAUCCUCCGCGAUAUGGCCACCACCACGCUGUGUCAGCUGCCCGGAGACGAACCGUGGUCGGUGGAGGAGUUCAUCGAGAACACUGUGGCUCUGUGUGUGAAGGGCUCGCAGUCACUACAGACGAAGAGCCAGACGGUGGAGGAGGCUGCCAAUGAGCUCAUCAACAUGCUGUGUGAGACAGAGCCCGAGCACGACGCCAGCGACGAGGAGGCCGACCUGGAGGACGAGGUCGAAGAUGACGAGAAACUGCCUUCAAGCGACAGUCCGUCGGACUCGCGUAAGUCUCGCACGGCGAGCGCGAAGUCGCGUCCCAAGUCGACAAAGGCGAUGGCGAUGGCUAAGAAGAAGAAGGAAAUGCGGGAGAACAUCGAGGAGUCGGCCACGGAUCUACUCAACCACUUCAGUGUGCGCAACCUCGACGCCCUGCUGCGGUGUGUGCGCAACACGCUCGAGUCUCUCCGCAAGAGGAUCACGUCCAGCUCCAUGGCCAUCUAUAUCUCUGACAAUUCUGGAUUUGGUGAAACUAAGAAAGACAGUCGUCCGUUCUUCCGCACGAAUGCCAUCCUGGCAAUCCCAAACAUCAUGAUGCAGCCCGUACUAGACGAAGUCCAGCAGGCACUCAACAAGGCUGUUCAGAACAUCAUCUCGGUCAGCAAGGGGGUCGCCCAGUGGAGUAAGGAGCGCAAGCGCUAUCACAAGCCGCUCUUCUUGGAGCAGUCGGGUUCGAUGUCAGGUGAAUUGGCCUCCGGGGAGAGGCGGGCAAGUGUCACCAGUAACGCUCCAUCGGAGGGGUCGUUCCGUGAGGGGAGGAAAGGCCGGGGGGAGGGAGAGGCACCCGCGGUACAGAUGACCAUUCAGCAACAGGCGAAGAAUUACUACAAGAGUGUGUCGGACAAUAAGGAGAUCGCCAAGCUGGCCUCGCUUCUCUCCACCUCGAUCAACUCCACGAAGAAGGAAAUAACAACAGCCCUGGAUCACUUCGCCCACUACGAGCCGAUCUGGAACGUGCCACGUGAUGAGGACCUGGAGGAGUUCAUGAAACAGGACCCAAAACUGUCCGAGUUCGAGGCCAAGAUCAAGUACUACGAGGAGCUGGAGGUGCAGAUAAUGAGCGAACCGGAGUACUACGACGCAGGAGCCAUCGCCAUCUACACCGAGAAGCUGAAGCUGGGUCUGACGACGGAGACGAAGGCAUGGCGAUUCCACUAUGGGAAGGCCUGUAACCACAAGUACCACACGGAGAUGGAGGAAAUAUUCGUCUUCAUUGAAGACAUCCAGAAAAAACUGUCUCGGCCGAUCAAAGAUCUGGAUGACAUUCGCUUUGCGAUGGCCGCUCUUCGAGAUCUACGUGAGAAGGAGAUUCACAUUGAUAUGUCCAUCGGGCCAAUUGAGGAGUCGUAUGCAGUGAUGAUAAAGCACGACUUGCCGGUGGUCAAGGAGGAGACUGAGCGGUGCGACACGCUGCGCUACCUGUACCAGAAGCUGAGUGCGCAGUGUGCAGAGGUGCAGACCUAUCUGCUGUCCAUCCAGCCCACCUUCAAGAACGAACUCAUCAGCAAUGUCCAGGUCUUCAUACAGGACUGCGACGAAUUCUACGACAGCUACGACAAGACUGGACCUAUGGUGGCGGACGUGCCUCCGCGCGAGGCAUCUGACCGGCUAGUGAUCUACCAGAACCACUUCGACACGCUGUACCGCAAGUACACGACAUACACGGGCGGGGAGGAGCUGUUUGGGCUGCAGGUCACCGAGUACCCACGGCUCCUGCAGAUCCGCAAGGAGCUCAACCUCCUACAGAAGCUGUACGGCCUGUACAACAACGUCAUCGACACCGUGCAUGGCUACUACGACAUCAACUGGGGUGAUGUAAACAUCGACAAGAUCAACCAGGAGCUGCAGGAGUUCCAGAACAGGUGUCGUAAACUGCCGCGGGCCCUGAAGGACUGGCCAGCAUUUGAGGACCUCAAGAAGACGAUUGACGACUUCAACGAGAUGGUGCCACUGCUGGAGCUGAUGUCAAACAAGGCGAUGAUGCUGCGUCACUGGGAGCGCAUGUCGGAGACGACCGGCCACGUGUUCGACGUCGAGAAUGAGAACUUCACACUGAGGAACAUCCUGGAGGCGCCGCUGCUGCAGUACAAAGAGGAGAUCGAGGAUAUUUGUAUUUCUGCGGUGAAAGAGCGAGACAUUGAGGCAAAACUGAAGCAGGUCAUGGCUGACUGGGGAACUCAGGAAUUUCAGUUCGCAAACUUCAAGACACGUGGCGAGCUGCUGUUGCGUGGGGACACCACAGGGGAGAUAAUCCUGCUGAUGGAAGAUUCUCUGAUGGUGCUCAGUUCUCUACUCGGUAACAGGUUCAAUGCUCCAUUCAAAGCUAAGAUCCAGACUUGGGUACAGAACCUGACCAACUCGUCCGAGAUCAUUGAGAACUGGAUGGUCGUACAGAACCUCUGGGUUUACCUCGAGGCCGUCUUCGUCGGGGGAGAUAUCGCAAAACAGCUUCCCAAGGAAGCGAAGCGAUUCAGCAACAUCGACAAGUCGUGGGUGAAGAUCAUGCAGCGAGCGCACGAGAUGCCCAACGUGGUGCAGUGCUGCGUGAGUGACGAGACCAUGAUGCAGCUACUACCACAUCUCCUGGAGCAGCUCGAACUCUGCCAGAAAUCUCUAACUGGAUAUCUUGAGAAGAAGCGCCUUGCGUUCCCGCGGUUUUUCUUCGUGUCUGACCCGGCCCUGCUGGAGAUCCUGGGCCAGGCGAGCGACCCCCACACGAUCCAGCAGCACCUGCUGAGUGUGUUCGACAACACGAAGAGCGUCAAGUUCCACGAGAAAGUCUACGACCUCAUCCUCUCAGUCCACUCAUCAGAGGGCGAGACGAUUGAGCUUGAGAAGCCCGUGAAAGCGGAAGGCAAUGUUGAGAACUGGCUGAUGAACCUGAUGGUGAUGGCCCAGAAAUCACUGCACGGAGUUAUCCGCACUGCGUUCAUGGCGAUACAAGACCAGAGUUUCCAGCUCCUGGAGUUCCUCAGAACAUUCCCUGCUCAGGUUGGUUUGCUAGGUUUACAAAUGAUCUGGACACGUGACUCGACCGAUGCUCUGACCAACGUGAAGUACGACAAGAAGAUCAUGGCCCAGACGAACCAGGCGUUCCUUGAACUUCUCAACACGCUCAUCGACCAGACCACCAAGGAUCUCGCUAAAUUCGAGAGAACCAAAUAUGAGACUUUGAUCACCAUACACGUGCAUCAGCGCGACAUCUUUGAUGAACUGUGUCGGCAGCACGUGAAGUCUCCAACAGACUUCGAGUGGGUCAAACAGUCGCGCUUCUACUUCAUCGAGGAGCAAGACAGAUGUCAGAUCUCCAUCACUGAUGUCGACUUCAUCUACCAGAAUGAAUUCCUCGGCUGUACAGAGAGACUGGUCAUCACACCACUCACUGACAGAUGCUACAUCACCCUGGCGCAGGCUCUGGGCAUGUCAAUGGGUGGAGCGCCCGCUGGACCAGCCGGGACAGGAAAGACAGAGACGGUGAAGGACAUGGGACGAUGUCUCGGCAAGUUUGUCGUCGUCUUCAAUUGUUCCGAUCAGAUGGACUUCCGAGGACUGGGACGGAUCUUUAAAGGUUUGGCACAGUCGGGCUCGUGGGGAUGUUUCGACGAGUUCAACCGAAUUGACCUGCCAGUGCUAUCAGUGGCAGCCCAGCAGAUCGCCAUUGUCCUCGGGGCCAAGAAGGAGCGCAAGAAGGCGUUCAUCUUCACAGACGGAGACAACGUGGACUUGAACAUCGAGUUUGGAAUCUUCCUCACAAUGAACCCAGGUUACGCUGGCCGACAAGAACUGCCGGAGAACCUGAAGAUCAACUUUCGGACGGUGGCCAUGAUGGUUCCCGAUCGUCAGAUCAUCAUCCGUGUCAAGCUGGCCGCCGUCGGCUUCAUCGAUAACAUCGUACUGGCGCGCAAGUUCUUCACCCUGUACAAACUGUGUGAGGAACAGCUCACAAAACAGGUGCACUAUGAUUUCGGUUUGCGGAACAUUCUGUCGGUGUUGCGAACCCUGGGCACGGUGAAGCGACAGUCUGUAAACGACACGGAGCAGAUGAUCGUGAUGAGAGUGCUACGUGACAUGAACCUCUCGAAACUGGUCGACCAGGACGAACCACUCUUCAUCUCCCUCAUCAACGAUCUCUUCCCGGGAAUUCAGCAGGGCAAGGAGGUCUACGCAGAACUAGAGGCAGCCAUUCAGAAGAACGUCACCGACGCUAAACUCAUCAACCAUCCAUCGUGGACUCUCAAGUUGAUUCAGCUGUACGAAACGCAGCGUGUGCGUCAUGGGAUGAUGACGCUGGGUCCGAGUGGGACAGGCAAGACAUGCUGUAUCCACAUGUUGAUGAAGGCGAUGACUGACUGCGGUGAGCCGCACAGGGAGUGGAGGAUGAACCCCAAGGCCAUCACUGCGCCGCAGAUGUUCGGCCGCCUUGACGUCGCCACCAACGACUGGACCGACGGAAUCUUCUCAACGCUGUGGAGGAGAACGACCAGAGUCAAGAAAGGUGAGCACAUUUGGCUCCUGCUGGACGGUCCAGUCGACGCUAUCUGGAUUGAGAAUCUCAACUCUGUGCUGGACGACAACAAGACCUUGACCUUGGCUAACGGUGACCGCAUUCCUAUGGCUGUCAACUGCAAAAUUAUUUUCGAGCCCCACAACGUGGACAACGCUUCCCCGGCCACUGUGUCACGCAACGGCAUGGUCUACCUCAGCAGCUCCGGCCUCCACUGGCAGCCUAUACUGGAGGGCUGGUUAAAUCACAGGCCAAUGCAUGAAAAGGAGAUCAUAUUGUCACUGUUUGAGAAAUCGUUUCCACCUGCCCUGCGAUUCGCACAACAGAAUCUCGUCUUCAAGAUGGACAUGCUUGAAGCAUUCAUUAUUGUACAGUGCACCAAGCUACUGACAGGGCUGAUUCCCGUGAAGGAAGACAAGGAGGGUCACCAGAUCAACAUGGACCACUACGAGCACCUCUACGUGUUCACUCUGAUGUGGAGCGUCGGCGCGCUGCUCGAACUCGACGACCGCAACAAGAUGGAGCAGUUCCUGCGCAGCAGCGAUGAGUUCAGCCUUGACCUGCCACACAUCCCCGAGAACGCCGACUACACCAUGUUCGACUUCUUCGUCAACCCAGAAGGUGAGUGGGAGCACUGGAACAGCCGUGUGGUGGAGUACCACUACCCCUUGGACACCACCCCCGAGUACAGCACCAUCCUAGUGCCAAUGGUGGACAAUGUGCGAACUGAGUUCCUAGUGGACAUCAUUGCGCGGCAGGGACAGGCAGUGCUGCUCAUCGGCGAACAGGGCACCGCGAAGACUGUCAUGAUCAACAACUACACGUCCAAGUACAACCCUGAGAACCAUCUCGCCCAGAGUCUGAACUUCUCAUCGGCCACCACGCCCAACAUGUUCCAGAGGACAAUAGAGAGCUACGUGGACAAGCGCGUCGGCUCGACGUACGGGCCACCUGCAGGCAAGAAGAUGACAGUGUUUAUUGAUGACAUCAACAUGCCGGUCAUCAAUGAGUGGGGAGACCAGAUCGCCAACGAGAUCGUGCGGCAAUUGAUGGAGGCCAAGGGGUUCUACAGUCUGGAGAAACCGGGAGACUUCACCAGUAUCGUUGACAUGCAGUUCCUGUCUGCGAUGAUCCAGCCGGGCGGAGGUCGUAACGACAUCCCUCAACGUCUUAAAAGACAGUUCGUAAUCUUCAACUGUACACUACCGUCAAACCCGUCCAUUGACAAAAUCUUCUCAGUCAUCGGCUUGGGUCAUUUCUGCAAGGAGCGCGGAUUCAAGGAAGAAAUCACUGAGCUCAUCCGUAACCUAGUUCCCAUUACCAGACGACUCUGGCAGCUCACAAAGACGAAGAUGUUGCCAACCCCUGCCAAGUUCCACUACAUCUUCAACUUGCGAGAUUUGUCGCGCAUCUGGCAAGGGAUGUUGAAUGCUGCGAGUUCUGUGAUCAGCAAAUCAGAGACAUUGAUGGCGCUGUGGAAACACGAGUGUACUCGCGUCAUCGCAGACAGAUUCACAGGUGUUGAAGAUGCACAGUGGUUCCUGAAAAUUCUCUCCCGGGUCAUUGGUGAGGAACUCGGUGACAGUUAUGUGCCCAUGGUAGAACCGAUCCCUUACUUUGUUGAUUUCAUGAGAGAUGCCCCAGAACCAACUGGAGAAGAAGGUGAAGAUGCAGACUUUGACAUGCCCAAGAUUUACGAACCUGUGGAGAGUUUGGAGCUGUUGGAAGAGAGACUACUGAUGUUUCUGCAGCAGUACAACGACGGGAUCCGUGGGGCUGGGAUGGACCUCGUCUUCUUCAAGGACGCCAUGAUUCACCUUCUCAAGGUGUCCCGCAUCAUCCGCACACCCAGGGGACAUGCCCUGCUGGUCGGUGUGGGUGGGUCGGGAAAACAGUCGCUCACAAAACUGGCGUCGUUCAUCGCGGGAUACAAAACAUUCCAGAUCACUCUGACUAGGUCGUACAACGUGGGGAACCUGCUGGAAGACCUCAAGUAUCUGUACCGCACGGCUGGUUCACAGGGCAAGGGCAUCACCUUCAUAUUCACUGACCAGGAGAUCAAGGAUGAAGGAUUCCUCGAGUACCUCAACAACAUGCUGUCCUCGGGAGUUGUUGCUAACUUGUUUGCUCGAGAUGAACUGGAUGAAAUUCGCAGUGAACUCGCUCCCAUCAUGAAGAAAGAGUUUCCACGACGACCACCAACCAAUGAGAACCUUGAUGAGUAUUAUCUCACGCGUGUGAGACUCAAUCUACACGUCAGUCUCUGCUUCUCACCAGUUGGAGAGAAGUUCCGUCAGCGGAGUUUGAAGUUCCCAGGACUGAUCUCCGGCUGUACGAUGGACUGGUUCCAGCGGUGGCCGAAGGAUGCACUGAUCGCCGUCGCCGAUCACUUCCUGUCUGACUUCGACAUCGUCUGCUCGGAGGAAGUCAAGAAGCAGGUCAUACACCUGAUGGGCAUCGUCCACGACGGCGUCGCCGAGAACUGUGUCGACUAUUUCCAGAGAUAUCGGCGCUCCACCCACGUGACCCCCAAGUCGUAUCUGUCCUUCAUCAACGGCUACAAGACGAUCUACACGGACAAGAAGAACCAGGUGGGAGAACUGGCAAACAGAAUGAACACAGGUUUGGAGAAGCUGAUAGAGGCAUCUCAAGCAGUGGCCGAGUUGAGCAAGGAGCUGGCUGUGAAGGAGAAGGAGCUGGCAGUCGCCUCUGAGAAAGCCGAGGCGGUCCUGAAGGAGGUCACCGUCAAGGCCCAGGCCGCCGAGAAGGUCAAGGAGCAAGUGCAGAAGGUGAAGGACAAAGCGCAGGCUAUCGUCGACAUCAUCGAGGCUGACAAAGCCAUAGCCGAGGAGAAGCUCGAGAAGGCUCGUCCAGCUCUGGAGGAAGCCGAGGCCGCACUGAACACGAUCAAACCAUCAGACAUCGCCACAGUGAGGAAGCUGGGCCGCCCCCCACAUCUCAUCAUGAGGAUCCUCGACUGUGUGUUGCUGCUGCUGCAGAAGAAACUGCUGCCUGUCACCCUCGAUCAGGACAAGCCCGAGUACAUCAAGCCAUCGUGGUCCGAGUCACUCAAGCUGCUGGCUGCAAACUUGCUGCAGGCGCUGACCCAGUUCCAGAAGGAUUUGAUCAAUGAUGAGAUGGUGGACUUUCUCGAGGUGUACUUUGAUGCCGAGGACUAUAACAUGGAGAAUGCUAAGAAAGUGUGUGGAAACGUUGCAGGUCUGCUGUCCUGGACUAAAGCUAUGUCACAGUUCUUUUCCAUUAACAAGGAGGUCUUGCCACUGAAGGCCAAUCUUGCAGUUCAACAAGCUCGGUAUGAGAUGGCUAUGGAAGACUUGAACAAAGCCCAGGCCCAGCUGGAUGCGAAGGAGGCCGAACUGGCACUGGUCAGAGAUAUGUACGACAAAGCCAUGAGAGAGAAACAGACUCUUCUGGACGACGCAGAGACAUGCCGGCGGAAGAUGAACGCUGCAUCUGCCCUCAUCAAUGGACUGUCCAAUGAGAAGGAGAGAUGGACAGAACAGAGCAAGGAGUUCAAGGCUCAGAUCGGAAGACUUGUUGGUGACAGUUUGGUGUGUACAGCGUUUCUGUCAUACUCGGGGCCAUUCAACCAGGAUUUCCGCACGAUACUCAACAAGGAGUGGUUCAAGGAGCUCAAGGGCCGAAAGAUUCCGUACUCGGCCAAUCUGAACGUCACGUCAGAGCUCACCGACACAACCACAGUGGCCGAGUGGAACCUGCAGGGUCUGCCCAAUGACGACCUCUCCGUCCAGAACGGAAUCAUCGUCACGAAGGCGUCUCGCUACCCACUGCUCAUCGACCCACAGGGACAAGGCAAGAUCUGGAUCAAGAACAGGGAGGCCAAUCAUGAGCUGCAGGUGACAUCGCUGAAUCACAAAUAUUUCCGAACUCACCUAGAGGACUCGAUGUCUCUCGGCCGCCCGUUGCUGCUGGAAGAUGUCUCGGAAGAUCUCGAUCCCGCUCUCGAUAAUGUUCUUGAGAAGAACUUUAUUAAAGUGGGUUCUGCACUGAAGGUCAAGGUUGGAGAUAAGGAGUGUGACAUCAUGAAGGGCUUCACGCUGUACAUCACAACGAAGCUGCCAAACCCGUCAUACACCCCUGAGAUCUCGGCCCGAACAUCCAUCAUCGAUUUCACCGUCACCAUGAAGGGGCUGGAAGACCAGCUGCUUGGCAGAGUCAUCCUCACUGAGAAAGCCGAGCUGGAGAGUGAGCGAGUGAAGUUGUUGGAGGAAGUGACGGCCAACAACAGGAAGAUGAAGGAACUGGAAGAUAACCUGCUGUUCAGACUGACCAGCACACAGGGAUCACUGGUGGAUGAUGAAGAUCUGAUCAAUGUUUUGAACAUCACCAAGGCUACAGCGCAGGAUGAGACAAAGCUUCAGAUUGCCGGGGAGACCGAACUGAAGAUAAACACGGCUCGGGAGGAGUUCCGACCAGUGGCGACGCGUGGCAGCAUCCUGUACUUCCUGAUCACCGAGAUGAGUCUCGUGAACGUCAUGUACCAAACAUCGCUCAGACAGUUCCUCCAGAUCUUUGACAGGUCCAUGGCAAAAUCACAAAAGUCGCCAAUCACCCAGAAACGUAUUAUGAACAUCAUUGAGUACAUGACGUUUGAAAUAUUCAAGUACGCAGUGCGUGGCCUGUACGAAGCUGACAAGUUGACUUUCACCUUGUUGUUAGGACUGAAAAUUGAUCUCCAAGCUGGAAAAAUCAGACACGAAGAGUUUUCCACUCUUAUCAAAGGUGGCGCAUCUCUGGAUCUGAACGUGGUGGCCCCGAAACCUCACAAGUGGAUUGUCGACCUCACCUGGUUGAACCUCGUUGAGUUGAGCAGUCUGCAUCAGUUCUCAGGCAUUCUUGACCAGGUAUCUCGUAACGAGAAGCAGUGGCGUCAGUGGUUUGACAAGGAGGCUCCGGAGGAGGAGAUCAUCCCAGAUGGCUACAACAACUCGCUAGAUGUGUUCCGCCGCCUGCUGCUCAUCCGUAGCUGGUGCCCCGACCGCACACUGUCACAGGCCAAGCGGUACAUCGCAGACACGCUCGGAGAAAAGUAUGCGGAGGGCGUCAUCCUUGACGUCGAGAAGAUGUGGGAAGAGAGCACGAAUAGAACGCCCAUGGUCUGUCUCCUGUCCAUGGGGUCAGACCCGACAAGCAGCAUUGAGGGACUCGCCAAGAAGUUCAGAUUAGACUGUCACCAGAUCUCGAUGGGUCAAGGCCAGGAGGUGCAUGCACGUCGCCUGCUGAUCCAGGGAACGCAGAACGGCGGCUGGCUGCUACUACAGAACUGUCAUCUCAGUCUGGACUACAUCAACGAGAUGAUGAACAGCAUCGUCGAGACGGACACCAUCCAUGAUGAGUUCCGGAUCUGGGUGACCACCGAGGUGCAUCCCAAGUUCCCCAUCAGUUUCCUACAGAUCUCCAUCAAGUUCACGAUGGAGCCGCCACAGGGAAUCAAGGCCGGCCUGAAGCGGACGUACACAAACAUCACGCAGGACUUCCUCGACAUUUCCAACAUGCCGCAGUGGAAGCCGAUGCUGUACGCGGUGUCCUUCCUCCACACCACCGUGCAGGAGCGCCGCAAGUUCGGCCCCCUCGGCUGGAACAUCCCCUACGAGUACAACACCUCCGACUUCAACGCCAGCGUCCAGUACGUCCAGAAUCACCUCGACGACAUGGACAUCAAGAAGGGUGUGAACUGGACGUGUAUCCGCUACAUGCUGGGUGAAAUCCAGUACGGGGGAAGAGUGACGGACGAUUUCGACAAGGUUCUCCUCAAUACGUUCUGCCGUGUGUGGUUCAGUGAGAACAUGUUCUCCUCAAACUUUGUCUUCUACAAGGGCUACGUGAUCCCCAAGUGUAACAAGAUCGGGGAAUACAUCGAGUACAUCAAUAACCUGCCCAACACAGACACACCCGAGGCUUUCGGUCUUCAUCCCAAUGCCGACAUCACUUACCAGAGCAAUACCGCUUCGACCAUCCUCAACACGAUUCUCAGCAUCCAGCCGAAGGACAGCAGCAGCGGCGGCGGCGAGACGCGCGAGUCAAUCGUGGCGCAUCUCUGCGACGACAUGCUCGACAAACUGCCGCCCGACUACGUGCCCUACGAUGUGCAGCAGAGGCUCCAGAAGAUGGGCAUCCUGCAGCCGAUGAACAUCUUCCUGCGCCAGGAGAUCGACCGCAUGCAGCGCAUCAUCACCCUCGUGCGGCUCACGCUCCUCGACCUGAAGCUGGCCAUCGACGGAACCAUCAUCAUGAGUGAGAACCUCCGAGACGCGCUCGACUGCAUGUUCGACGCCAGGGUGCCAGCAGCAUGGCUCAAGAUGUCGUGGGACUCGAGCACCCUCGGUUUCUGGUUCACGGAGCUGAUCGACCGGAACAGCCAGUUCAACUCGUGGUGUUUCGAGGGCCGGCCAGACACAUUCUGGAUGACGGGAUUCUUCAACCCACAGGGAUUCCUCACCGCCAUGAGACAGGAGGUAACUCGAGCUCACAAAGGAUGGGCUCUUGACACGGUCGUUCUUCACAACGAAGUGAUAAAGAUGUCGAAGGAUGAUGUGACUGUCGCUCCACAGGAGGGUGUCUACAUCUAUGGUCUGUACCUGGAGGGGGCGGGCUGGGACAGACGCCAGAGUAAACUGAUCGAGCCGAAACCCAAGAUCCUGUUCGAGCCGAUGCCGAUCAUCCACAUCUUUGCCAUCAACAGCACGAGCGGCCACGACCCACGCCUGUACUACUGUCCCAUCUACAAGAAGCCACGCAGGACAGACCUGACAUACAUCGCUGGGGUUGUCCUCAAGACCAACCAGGCUCCCGACCACUGGACGCUACGCGGAGUCGCGCUACUGUGUGACAUCAAAUAGACAUGUUUUAACAGGGUUAGCAGUUAGUGUCAACAGAUGAUAAUGUCAGCAGUUAAUGUCAACAGUUUAACAGUGUCAGCAGUUAAUGCUAACAGUUUAACAGUGUCAGCAAUAUUUGUCAACAGUUUAACAGUGUCAGCAGUUAAUGUCAACAGUUUAACAGUGUCAGCAGUUAAUGUCAACAGAUAAUAAUGUCAACAGUUUAACAGUGAGCAGUUAAUGUCAACAGUUUAACAGUGAGCAGUUAAUGUCAACAGUUUAACAGUAUCAGCAGUUAAUGUCAACAGAUAAUAAUGUCAACAGUUUAUCAGUGUCAGCAGUUAAUGUCAACAGAUAAUAAUGUCAACAGUUUAUCAGUGUCAGCAGUUAAUGUCAACAGUUUAACAGUGUCAGCAGUUAAUGUCAACAGUUUAACAGUGUGAGCAGUUAAUGUCAACAGAUAAUAAUGUCAACAGUUUAACAGUGAGCAGUUAAUGUCAACAGUUUAACAGUGAGCAGUUAAUGUCAACAGUUUAUCAGUGUCAGCAGUUAAUGUCAACAGAUAAUAAUGUCAACAGUUUAUCAGUGUCAGCAGUUAAUGUCAAUAGUUUCAGUGUUUGUAGUUUAACAAUGUCAGCAAUUAACAGUGUCAAUAGAUGAUAAAGUGAACAGUUUUAACAAUGUCAACAAAUAAUAAUGUCAACUGAACUGCAUUGUGAUGAGAAAACCAGAAAUGUUUCAACAUGUGUGGCAUUAUGAAAGCAUGUUCUGUGAUAAAAACAGACUGUGAUACUUCAAUUAGAAAACAAUCAUAUCAUUAAGAAUACUUGAUGCAAUCCGUUGCAUUCCUCUAUCAGAAACACAUUGGUGAAAAUUGUGUUGCUAAUUCCAAAUAAUUUGUGCUUUGUAAUGUUUUAGUAUUUGUAUUACUGUUUAUUAUAUAUUAGCAGAUAUUUAUGUAGAAAGUUGAAAUUAAGAUAAUAAUUACAAUGUUUUAUUUAAUUUAUUUUAAAAUUUAGUAUAUUUUUAUAACAAAGAUGUUUACAAGAUAAUCAUGACAAAGAUAAAUUAUUUUUGUGAAUAGGAAUAAGGAAGUCUUGACCAGUUGAGAAUGAUGUGUUAGUGAUACAGUGGUUCAGCCAGGAUUUUAUAUUGGUGGGGGCAUACAAGCAAAUGUUUCACCCUAGGAAGUCCUAAAUUAGGUGGAAGAAAAACAAGAUGUGGGAGUGGCAGAGUCUGGCCACAUACUCUAUUCAAUUAAAUAGCAUAUUUUGCAUACAAUUUAUAGGAAAUGGUUUGGUGUUUCAACAAAUGUUGCAGUUAGGCGAAAUAUUCCAUUAUGAGGUAUACAAAUAGCUGGAAACCACUGUAUCUCGUACAUACACAAUAUUGCUUUCUGAACAAAUCUUUAUGUAUUUUCUUGAAAACAUAAACAUUGUUUGAAGGAAAAUUGUCCUGUAAACAUCUUGCUUGUUCAGAUAUCAUUAGCCUCGUUUCCAUUCUGUAGAUAUAUAUUUGCUCUUAUGUUAUAUUAAUAUCUGUGAUCAACUAAAUCCGUCCUUAUUUAUAUGGGUGUCAGGGGUAGGACAGGGGUCAGCAGUGGGUAUUUAGACCUGAAGUACACAAACAAAAGAAAAAUUGUUUUAAAAAAUCCACACGCCCUGAAAAACCACAGUGAAGUACAUGUAUUUUAAUAUCAAACGGGAUGUAUCAAGUUCAUAUUGAAGUAUACAAAUAGACUAUUAAACAUUGUAUAAACAUCUCAAAUUUGUGUCUUGGCUAUCCUGUUGUUGGUUUUUAGAAUCCAUACCUAACCCACUCCCUAGAAAUGCUAAUUAUUAAUGUAAAACGUUUUUGCAUACUUUGUACAUAUUGGCAUACUUUUGACAAGGAAUUCAGACUGUAAAAUGAAUUAGUUAUUGUCAGAUAGUCUUUUCUGUUUACCAUAGCAAUAAAUUAUCAUAGUCCAUCUGUUUGUAUAGCAACAAGUUUCAUAGUCCAUGGCUGAGUUUGGCCAGACCGAGCAGAAAAACAUCUGCUAGACCGGUUUAAUCUGCUUCACGGGAAAAUCAAAUGGCCACUUCAGUAACUAAUUAAAUAGUUCGCAAAUGUUAGCUGGCUGUACUUGGGUCAUAUGUCUGUUUACAACAAAUGAUUGUCCUCCAGAUAUUCUUAACAACCACUCCAUACAGUAAAAUAAGUUUAUUUAUCCACAACAGAGAACAAAUGAUUUCAGUUUUAAAAGUAAACACUACAUGUACUUCAAAGUCUUUACAAUACUGUCUGUAAAUCAAAUUGAUGCAUCUUUUAAUUGUGAUAUUUAUAGCCUACGUAAGCAGUAUUUUUUUUUUUAUGUGAUUAUUUAUCUCUAGCCUUACACGCAUCUAUGUUAUCUAAAUUUUACUAAUAAUCUUUAAUAUAUGUAUAUACUAGAUUAAUUACUAGUAUUUAUACUGUAUAGUUCUCUAUUACUAGUAUUUAUACUGUAUAGUUCUCUACCUUUUAUUUUAAAUUGUUUUCAUUUAUAAAAUUUAUUUUAAACAUUGAAGUAAUAAAUUUUUUAUUAUAUACUCUCAUCUUUGGUGAUUUCUUCUUGUUGUUGUUGUAAAAGAAUAUGUCUAUUUAUGUGAUCACAUUAAAAAAAAAUCAUGGG